AUGGAUUGUCAUGAUAGUUGUCGAACACCACCAUUACGCUCAACAACGUCGAUUAGUUUCAACGCUGCCGAUUCGGACUAUCGGCUUCCUUUUGACAUCCAAUUACGAUUACUAUUGAAUACAAGCCCUACACCGGCUACCAGAGAUUUGUUUUCAAUUUUGCUCUGUACGGUUUCUUUGGCUGCAGCAAGGUUAUUGUAUGUUCAAGCAUUUGCUCGUUUGAGUGCAGUCUAUGGCGGCACCUACGUCCUCAACAAACCACAAAGCAAGAUUCCAUUACUUUCAAAAAAACCGGUAGAGUUUGAAGAUGGGAAAGCAAUUGGUGUUACAUUAGAAGGAGAAACUGCAAAAUGCAAAAAAGUAGCUAUGGGGGCGACGUGUCGUCUCUAUAGGUCCAACAAUGGGGAUGACAACCACGAACCAACAAAAACGAUAUGUCGUCUCUAA